AUGUGCGAAAAAUUUGGAGCCAAACACGAAUUCUGCCGAUCACUUUUAGAAGAACGUGGCUGGACAGAACCUAAGUCACUGGAGUUGCAUUCCUGGUGUCGCAUCAUCUUAGAUUAUCCUGACAAGUUUCUGCCAGUGUUAGUUGACAUUCGCGAAGAAGAAAUAGGAGAUAUCCUUAAAGCGUGUGUCAAUAUUCGUCACUCUGCAGUUCACCGUCGCCCACAGGAUGCUGAAACCAUUCUCGGGAGCCUUGAAGCUGGGAUAGGCUUGGCCAAGAUGCACCAAGAUAUAGCAGUUGUUCAGCAUAUUCAGAAUCUUCGGACGGACUUCCAAGCCAUCAUCAAAGAUAUCUACUCACAAAAAGACGUCUUUCAGGACAAGUUGCGAAUACAACUUGAACAAAUCUCGGCAGAGCGGGCUCGGUUAAGGCAGAAAGCAACGGAGGAUGCCAAAACAGAAGUAGAAGCAUAUAUGAGAGAAGCUGGUGCAAAGCUUGCGGAUUGUGUCAACUCUACGUCACAAAAACUGGCAUCGGUCACAGAAGUUGUACAAGAUAGUGACUACUUUUCCGAGCCUGACAUCGACAAAAUCCUGCUAGAGGCAGAAAGAACAAGCAUUGUUCCGGGCGUGAGGUUGUCUAGAUGA